CGUGACUGGCUGUGCUCUGAGGCCAUCAUGGCGUCUCCCAGUGGGAAAGGAUCCCGGGCGUUUGAGGCUCCCGGUUGUGGCUGCCGGCCUCCCUCCCGGGACCUGGUGGAUUCGGUGGAGGAUGCGGAGGGCUUGUACGUGGCCGUUGAACGGUGUCCUCUGUGCAAUACCACCCGCCGGCGGCUGACCUGCGCGAAGUGCGUCCAGACCGGCGACUUCGUUUUCUUCGACGGCCGGGACGGGGAAAGGUUUGUAGACAAGAAGGAGAGGUUAAGCCAUCUUAAAAGCAAGCAGGAUGAAUUCCGAAAAGAUGUGCUUAAGGCCAUUAUGGAAGGAAAGUGGAUAACAGAUCAGUUGAGAUGGAAAAUAAUGUCCUGUAAAUUGAGAAUUGAACAGCUGAAACAAACAAUAUAUAAAGGAAAUGAAGAAAUGACAAGAAAUUCUGAGGGCCUUCUAAAAACUAAGGAAAAGAAUCAGAAGUUGUCCUGCCGAGCGCAGCGGCACCAGGAAAAAAAGGAAAAAAUCCAGAGGCACAAUCGCAAACUUGGAGAGCUGGUGGAAAAGAAGCAUGAAGACUUAAGAAGUCAUUAUGAGCUUCUGGCAGAUCUUCGACGCUCUCAUAUUCUAGAACUCACCUCUGUUAUUUUUCCCAUUGAAGAAGUGAAAACUGGCAUAAGAGACCCUGCUGACACUGCUUCAGAGAGUGACACUGCCAUGACCUCCAGCACUGUGAGCAAGCUUGCAGAAGCCAGGAGGACUACUUAUCUCUCUGGGAGAUGGGUUUGUGAUGACCACAAUGGAGAUACAAGCAUUAGCAUUGCAGGGCCAUGGAUUAGUCUCCCCAACAAUGGAGACUAUUCUGCUUACUACAAUUGGGUGGAAGAGAAAAAAACAACACAGGGACCUGAUAUGGAACAUAAUAACCCUGCCUACACCAUCAGUGCUGCCCUGUGCUAUGCAACUCAGCUUGUCAACAUUUUGUCUCAUAUACUUGAUGUAAAUCUUCCCAAAAAGUUAUGUAACAGUGAGUUUUGUGGAGAGAAUCUCAGCCGGCGGAAGUUUACUCGUGCAGUUAAAAAGUUGAACGCAAAUAUUCUUUACCUCUGCUUUUCCCAGCAUGUAAAUUUAGAUCUAUUGCACCCACUACAUACACUCAGGAAUCUAAUGUACCUGGUCAGCCCAGACACCGAAAACUUGGGCAGGUCUGGGCCCUUUGAAGUCAGUGCUGAUCUGGAGGAUUCCAUGGAAUUUUUGGAUCCUGCAGCUGCUGGAGAAACAGACGAAAGUGGAGAUGAACAUAUAAGUGAUGAAGAGACCGACCUAGGAACAGACUGGGAGAAUCUGCCAAGCCCCCGCUUUUGUGACAUCCCUUCCCAGCCCGUCGAGGUGCUGCAGAGUCACAGCACGCAGGUGUCCCCGCCGGUUGCUAGCAGUAGUGCUGGGGGGAUGAUUUCCUCAGCUGCAGCCUCAGUGACAUCAUGGUUCAAGGCUUACACAGGACAUCGCUAGCAAACGUCAAAGAGACAAUGAUAGAUUUGCAUAGUGAAAAUUUCUCUCCCAUAUGUGUAGUUUUACCUAUUCAGUUAAGUAGUGCCUGGAACAAAAAAUAAAUAAACUAAUUUUUUAAACGCAGAAGUAAAUUCAACAAACAUUUAUUAAACUUAAACAUUUUUAUUUACAAAGAUUGACUGUGAUGAGAACUUUUGUAAAAUUAGGUAAACUCACCCUAAUGACUUCACAACCUACACAUCCAUGGGUAAGCAUUGAAGAUUAUGAACCUUGCACAAGUGGCCAGUUCUUCUGUAUCAGGGGAUAAAUUGCGACUCUUAAUCACAGAAGAAAAGGAAUUUUAGGAACUUGAAAACAUGAUUUGUUUUUUCACAGUAUUGGGGAUAGUAGUCUCAGAAUCCUACUUUUAAAAAUAACAAAGUUCUGUUAUCUUCUCAUUAAUAUGUAGAGAAAGGAUUGUAUUCGCAGUCAUUUUAAAGUUAUUCUUUAUUGAUGAAAACUCACAACUUAAAACAUUUUAAACAAAAUUGCUAGGUUUUGUGUCCACAUAUUUUGUACAAAGAGCCCAGUGUGUUAAUUUAGAAUGUUGAUUGCUUUUAGAGUUUGGUUAUCAUGGGUUACCUUUUUUUUUUGUCUUAAAUUCACAUGAGUUCAUUUGUGCUGCUUUCUCAGAUUAUCAGAAAUUUUAUAGAAUAGAGAGCACUUGGUUGUCAUCUUUCUUUUACUACCCACACACCAAAGAAACACUGGAUUUAUUUUUCUUAGGACCCAUAGCCACAGGCAGAAGAGAUAAUAGAAACUUGCAAUAAUGUUCUAGAUUUUUUUUUAAUCUAUUUUCUUUUAUAUGUAAUUGUUUAAGCUCAAUUGGCUAGCUAAGAAUUGAAUUCCUGCUAGCCUCACUACUAUGUGUUUUGAAAUCCAAGUUCAUUUUCUGUUAGUAAUGGGUCUGCCUAGUUUGUGCACUAGCAAAAAGGCCCCUUAAUUUGUUGGUCACUCUGGUGGUUUCUUCCAUGGCAAGAUUCAUUUUCAAUACAAGUUGAUGGCAAGUACUCCCAAGGAGAGCCAUCUCACUUGUCUGUUGAGAAUCUUUGUUGCUUUGAAGAUGCUCAGUGAGACUUCAGAAAUUUGAAGUUUGUCUUUUAGAACACUGAGACUUUUUUUUUUCCUCCAUCAUGGGGAAAGCAAAUAAAAAAUAUUCUCUGAAAAAGAGAUUUUUUUCCCCCAAUGAGAUGUCUUGUCAUUCUCUCCAUGUGUCAAUGGGACUGGUAAGGGAAAAGCCUUUACUGACCACACGUAUGUAGUUUUUAGAUUUUUAAUACAUAAGGGACAAAAGUUCCCAUGAAAAUGUCUUUUUUGUUUUUCUGGUAUGGUUAAGCCAAGAUGCCUCAGAGAAUUAAUUUUGAGGCUUGUUAUUCCCAUUUCCGUUCUAGUGGUACUUUGCCUCCAAACUUGAGGAUGGAGAUGCAUGAUUAUUUUUUUCUAAUGUUGAUAUAAUUACCACUUGGUAGAAAAACCCAGGGUGUGUUAUAAUCCAUUCCUGUCUUAGGAGAUCAGUCUCAGUGACCCUUUUGAGAUUGUCAUCCUAAGGAGCACUGGGUAUUUUUAUAUAAAGGGUUAUCCACCUUUGGUUUAUCAAAACUCCAUGAUUUUGGGCCUGCUUUUUUUCCCCCUAUAGAAAAUGGCAAAGGUAGACUUAAAAAAACAAAAAACAAAAAACCAAAGACAUUUAAAUCUUGUUAGAUGGGAGUCAGAAAGCUUUCAUACAAAAGGGACAUUUAAUCAAGACCACAAUAGAGAAGUAGCUAAUUGGUGGAGUUGAAAGGAAUUUGAUUCUAGAUUGAGUAUAUUAUUUAACCAAUAGUCAAUAAUCAUGGUACUCUCAAUUGAGCCUACAAGGAGACCAUGAAUGAUAAAGCUUUUAAAACUGCUUUAUCUUAAAUCCUUACUCAGCAUUCAGUAAAAGUUUUAAAAUGGGACUUUUUUGUUGUUACUGUUAACUAGAAGCACUUUAUGUAGUUAUAGAAUAUCUGAUCCUUUGGUAUUGAGCACCUGAGAAUUUUUAAAUUUUGCAUUGAUCAACUAUAUAAGCAUUCUCUUACAUACACAUUGUAACCACUGGGGUUUUCCCACCCUUCCCGCUUCUCUAAAUCUUGUCUAAUGAGGUGCAAAAAACAAUUUGUAAACAGUUUAUUAAAAAUUGAAGCUGGUAUUUUUUAAAAUGAAAAGCCAUAGAACUCGGUAUGUGUCAUGUUUUCCAUUUUAAAAUCAUUUAUUGAAACAAUGUAAUAGUAAAAUCUACAGACACCAAAAAGGUUGUUUGAAAUGGGCUGUGUUCAAGAAAUUUUUUUGUAAUAGAAUAUAUAAUUUUUAAAAUGUUUUGCACAUGUGUAAGUUAACAGGGAAUAAAAAUGGAGUGUCAAUAACAA